UAUUAUUUCCUUUUUCUUUAUUCUCUAUAUCUGCAACUAACCCAGUCUCUCAUUGUUUAAUGUUUCAUUCUUUGUUUAGUUUUCAGGUCUUUUCUUCUUUCUGGUAAGAGCAAAGGAGGUUGGGAAGAUCACUUAGUGAGUGAUGCAAAAGAAUUAAAGCGCUUAAAAGUGAGAGAGAAUUUAAUUCCUUCCCACUCCUAAACAUGAAGUAGCAAGGGGGGGGCCAAAAUUUUAUAAGAGCCAUUUCCAUAUUUUUUAGCACCAUCAGAUCAAAUCCAGGCAGUAGUGGAAUGUGUGGUUUUUAGAAGGUUACGAGGAAAUGACUCAGUGCAAUGACUCUGAAAAUAGUCGUCACAGCAAUAUCAUCGAGGACAAACGCAAGGACAGCUUAAUUACGACGUGCCCUUCCUGCGGACAUCAUAUCAAAUGCCACGAACAGGCUGGGAUCCAUGACUUGCCUGGACUGCCUGCUGGAGUGAAGUUUGAUCCAACAGAUCAAGAGAUUCUUGAACAUUUGGAGGCCAAAGUUCGAUCUGAUAUUCAUAAGCUUCAUCCACUAAUCGAUGAGUUCAUCCCCACUCUUGAAGGCGAGAAUGGAAUCUGCUAUACUCAUCCUGAGAAGCUACCAGGAGUAAGCAAAGACGGUCUGGUCCGCCAUUUCUUUCACAGGCCAUCGAAAGCAUACACGACAGGGACGAGGAAAAGGAGGAAGGUGCACACUGAUGAAGUGGACGGCAGCGAGACACGCUGGCACAAGACGGGAAAGACGAGGCCAGUGUAUCUGAGCGGGAAGCUAGUAGGGUACAAGAAGAUUCUGGUGCUGUACACGAACUAUGGGAAGCAAAGAAAGCCCGAGAAGACGAACUGGGUGAUGCACCAGUACCACCUGGGGUAUAACGAAGAGGAGAAAGAAGGAGAGUUAGUGGUGUCCAAGGUUUUCUAUCAAACACAACCCAGGCAAUGUGGUUCCUUGCUCAUGAAAGAUCAGCAGUCAUCCGUUAAGCCUGCAAAGCUCAAGGCCCAAGCCAUGUACGAGGCUGCCAACAAUCAUAAGAGCAAUAAUGGCUAUGUCGAGUUCUACAGUUCUUCCUUCUUGUCCUUCGAUCAAGGGGGCCAGCACAGGUCUGGUAAUUCUCAAGUGAUCUCCCACUUUCCUGUCCAGGACGGUUCUUCCUUCAAUAUUCCUUGACCUCGAAGGAGACGGUGCUACAGGGAAAUGCAUGGAAAAA